GAGUGAUGAUUCUGGGGUGUGCUCAGUACUAAUAAAGACAACAGGCAGGCAGAGUAACAGUCUCAUUUCCUUCUUGCAGAAGCAGAGGCAGCAUUUUGUGUGAGAGUCACCUCCUGCAGAUUCUAAACCAUGGCCGAAGAUGAAAUUGCAGCUCUGGUGGUCGACAAUGGGUCUGGAAUGUGUAAGGCUGGCUUUGCAGGCGAUGAUGCUCCCAGGGCUGUGUUUCCCUCCAUCGUGGGACGCCCCCGUCACCAGGGGGUGAUGGUUGGAAUGGGUCAGAAAGACAGUUAUGUUGGAGAUGAAGCCCAGAGCAAGAGGGGCAUUCUGACCCUGAAGUACCCAAUUGAACAUGGUAUUGUGACCAACUGGGAUGACAUGGAGAAGAUCUGGCACCACACCUUCUACAAUGAAUUGCGAGUGGCCCCAGAGGAGCAUCCUGUUCUCCUCACGGAGGCACCCCUCAACCCCAAAGCCAACAGGGAGAAGAUGACCCAGAUCAUGUUUGAGACCUUCAACACACCAGCCAUGUACGUUGCCAUCCAAGCCGUGCUGUCCUUGUACGCCUCCGGACGUACGACUGGCAUUGUGCUAGAUUCUGGUGACGGUGUGUCCCACACCGUGCCCAUCUAUGAAGGGUACGCCUUGCCUCAUGCCAUCCUGAGAUUGGACUUGGCUGGCCGGGAUCUCACUGAUUACAUGAUGAAGAUCCUGACCGAACGUGGGUAUUCCUUCACGACCACAGCCGAGAGGGAGAUUGUGCGUGACAUCAAGGAGAAACUUGCUUACGUGGCCCUGGACUUUGACUCUGAGAUGCAGACAGCCAGCUCCUCCUCAGCCUUGGAGAAAAGUUAUGAGCUGCCUGAUGGUCAAGUCAUCACCAUCGGCAACGAGCGCUUUAGGUGCCCAGAAACCCUGUUCCAGCCCUCCUUCAUUGGUAUGGAGUCAGCUGGUAUCCAUGAGACCACUUAUAACAGUAUAAUGAAAUGUGAUGUAGAUAUCAGGAAGGAUCUGUAUGCUAACACUGUCCUGUCUGGGGGAACCACCAUGUUCCCAGGUAUUGCUGAUCGGAUGCAGAAGGAAAUCACAGCCUUGGCUCCGAGCACAAUGAAGAUUAAGAUCAUAGCUCCCCCCGAGAGGAAGUAUUCAGUAUGGAUCGGAGGUUCCAUCUUGGCUUCUCUCUCCACCUUCCAGCAAAUGUGGAUCAGUAAGCAGGAGUAUGAUGAGUCUGGGCCAUCCAUUGUCCAUCGCAAGUGCUUCUAACUUCUAGGGUGUCUGUCACCAUCCAGGGCUUGGUUGUCUUUUUUGAAAGCAAUCAGUUUUUUCACAGCUCUGCCUUUGCCCAGCCUGAUCUAAUGCAUUCUGCCCCGUUCCUCCUGCUUCCUCUUCCAUUCCUCUGCACUUGUGCAGAUUCUGCUCUAGACCACUGAUAGAUGGGUAAUGGACACAGUGCUAAUGUGAGCUGUGAAAUGGGUCCAAUUGCCAGUGAAGAUUGCCAUUUUUUUUAAAGCAGCUUCACUUUGCCUGCCUGAUCAUCUACUUGAAGGAUAUCUCCAUGGGAAGCUGAGGGUUUGCUUCGAAUUUGUUUCAUUGUAAUGUAUAAACCGUCUGAAAUAAAUUGUUCAGAUUUC